AUGCCUAGGAAGACUCAAUUACCAGCUACCACCUCUACACCACCGGGCCUCCUUAUGCCUGGUACGGUACAGGCUACCUCACCACCAGUAUCAGGCUUCCUGCUGCCUGGUACAGGGUACUCCACUACCACCAGGCCUCCCCAUGCCUGGUACAGGGUACCCCACUACCAUCAGGCCUCCUCCUGCCUGGUACAGGGUACCCCACUACCAUCAGGCCUCCUCCUGCCUGGUACAGGGUACCCCACUACCACCAGGCCUCCCCAUGCCUGGUACAGGGUACCCCACCAGUACCAGGCCUCAUCAUGCCUGGUACAGGGUACCCACCAGUACCAGGCCUCCUCCUGCCUGGUACAGGGUACCCACCAGUACCAGGCCUCCUCAUGCCUGGUGCAGGGUACCCCACUACCACCAGGCCUCCUCCUGCCUGGUACAGGGUACCCACCAGUACCAGGCCUCCUCCUGCCUGGUACAGGGUACUCCACUACCACCAGGCCUCCUGCUGCCUGGUACAGGGUACUCCACCAGCACCAGGCCUCCUCCUGCCUGGUACAGGGUACCCACCAGUACCAGGCCUCCUCCUGCCUGGUACAGGGUACUCCACUACCACCAGGCCUCCUGCUGCCUGGUACAGGGUACUCCACUACCAUCGGGCCUCCUCCUGCCUGGUACAGGGUACUCCACUACCACCAGGCCUCCUGCUGCCUGGUACAGGGUACUCCACCAGCACCAGGCCUCCUCCUGCCUGGUACAGGGUACCCACCAGUACCAGGCCUCCUCAUGCCUGGCACAGAGUACCCCACUACCAUCGGGCCUCCUCCUGCCUGGUACAGGGUACCCACCAGUACCAGGCCUCCUCCUGCCUGGUACAGGGUACCCCACUACCACCAGGCCUCCUGCUGCCUGGUACUGGGUACUCCACCAGCACCAGGCCUCCUCAUGCCUGGUACAGGGUACCCCACCAGCCUUCCUCCUGCCUUGGAAGACUCAAUUACCAUGAACCAACAGUGGAAAAUCCACCAGAACAAAAUCUAUAAAUCAUGA